UUUCUUCUGAAAUCUCUCAUCUUUCUAAGUUACACUUUCUUCGUCUCUAUGGUACUAGUCGUCUUCGACUCGUAGCUAAUGAUUUUAAAUUACUUCUUCAGAACUUAACCCAAUUAAGAGAGCUUGAUCUUAGUUUCACAAACAUCUCUUCCACCAUUCCUCUGAAUUUUUCUUCUCAUUUAACAACUCUGAGGAUGGGAUCUACAGGAUUGUAUGGGAUAAUACCUGAGAGUAUUUUUCACCUUCCCAACCUGGAAACACUUAGUUUAUUUUACAAUUAUAAGCUCAAUGGUUUUUUUCCAAAGACCAAAUGGAACAGCAGUGCAUCUCUCAGGAAGUUAGAUCUCAGUGGCGUGAAUUUUUCUGAUAAUUUGCCCGAGUCUCUUGGCUAUCUAACUUCAGUGCAUUCUUUGUCUCUUCCGAAUUGCAACCUUAGAGGGCCUAUUCCUGAAUCUCUUUCUAAUCUCACCCACAUAGAGCAUUUGUACCUUCAAGAUAACUCCCUGAAUGGAACAAUACCAUCAGGAAUGUUCUCCCGGCUUCCAUCACUAAUUCGUUUAUACUUGAGUAAUAACCAGUUUUCUGGUCAGCUUGAGGAUUUCAAGUCCAAUUCACUAGAAGAGAUUAUUUUAGGAGGCAAUCAGCUGCAGGGUCAUCUUCCCAAGUCAAUUCAAAACCUUGUGAACCUAACAGGGCUUGAUCUUUCCUUCAAUAAUUUUAGUGGCAAUGUGGAUAUCAGCUUAUUUUCAAACCUCAAACAACUUUUGGGUCUUAGUCUUUCAUAUAAUCGCAUCUCAUUGAUCAAUGAGAACAAAGUUAAUUUUACAUGGCCCGAAUCUCUUAAUGUGUUGCAAUUUGCUGCAUGUGAAGUGAAAGAAUUGGAGUUUCUAAGAUCCGCAAACCAGCUUUUGGAGUUGGAUCUUUCAAAUAAUAAGAUUCAAGGAAGAAUUCCUGAUUGGGCAUGGUCUAACUGGAUGUCAUUGAUGUCUCUUAAUAUAUCACACAAUAUGCUGACGAGUGUGGAUUCAAUUCCUCUUCUGACUGUAGAUACUAUUGAUUUACGGUCCAAUUUGCUUCAAGGUUCACUACCAAUUCCACCAAAUUCCACAAGAUACUUCUUCAUAUCCCAAAAUAAUCUUACUCAAGAAAUUCCUUCAUCUAUUUGCAGUUCGACAUCACUGAUAAUGCUAGAUUUGGCGAGAAACAACUUGAAGGGAGCAAUUCCGCAAUGUUUGGGUAAUAUUAGUAGCCUCGAGGUUCUGGAUAUGCACAACAACAAACUUUCUGGGACUCUUCCAACAAUUUUCAGCAAUGGAAGUUCACUGAGAAGCCUCAACUUGCAUGGCAAUAAACUAGAAGGGAAAAUUCCCCGAUCUUUGGUCAAUUGCAAAGACUUGCAGGUUCUUGAUUUAGGAGAUAAUCAUCUCAUUGACAAUUUCCCGAUGUGGUUGGGAACUCUUCCAAAGCUACGAGUUUUAAACUUGAGAUCAAAUACAUUGCAUGGGUCCAUUCAACCUCCAAGGAUUGAAACUAUUUUUCCUGAGCUUCAAAUCAUAGAUCUCUCUUACAAUGCCUUCUCGGGAAACUUACCCACGAGUUUGUUUCAACAUCUGAAAGCCAUGAGGACAAUUGAUCCAUCAAUGGAAGCACCAAGAUAUCGUGGAGAUACAUAUUACCAAGAUUCUAUUACAGUUGCAACCAAGGGGUUUAUGCGUGAAAUUGUGAGAAUCUUGUAUUUGUACACGGUUAUCGAUCUUUCAAGUAAUAAAUUUGGAGGGCAAAUUCCAAGUAUCAUGGGGGAUCUCAUUGCAGUCCACACAUUGAAUUUGUCUCAUAAUGGAUUGCAAGGUCAUAUACCGCCAUCACUCGGAGAUUUAUCUUCAGUUGAAUCAUUGGACCUAUCAGGAAACCAACUUUCGGGAGAGAUACCACAACAACUAGUUUCUCUUACAUCUCUUUCAUUCUUAAAUCUCUCCCACAAUAAUCUCCAUGGAUGCAUUCCUCAAGGACCUCAAUUUCACACUUUUGAGAGCAAUUCAUACGAAGGCAAUGAUGGAUUACGUGGAUUUCCUGUUUCAAAAAGUUGUGGGGAUGCUCGGGUAUUAGAUACAAAUGAUACUGCAUCUGGACUAGACGAAGACGAUGAAGAAAGAAAUUCUGAAUUUCUGAAUGAUUUUUGGAAAGGUGCUCUUAUGGGCUAUGGAAGUGGACUAUGUAUUGGAUUAUCCAUAAUAUAUUUCAUGAUUUCAACUGGAAAACCGAUAUGGCUUGCAAGAAUCAUUGUAGAGAUGGAACACAAAAUAAUGAUGGGAAGGAGAAAGAAGCAGCGAGGGAAAAGGGAUUACAGAAGAUAGCAAUUUGCUAACAUUCUCUACCAACUAAAACUGUGUUUCUGUUGAUUGGAAACAUAGUAAUAUGUAGAGACUCUGCUUACUGAUAUUUGUCAUCUGAGAAAGACAACUGAUUUGUGCAGACUCAUGUGUAUAAGGAUUGUGUUUUUUUCUUGUGUAAGUUGCAUUAAAGAGGUAACAUAAUCAAAAAGUCGUUUCCUGAAUGAAAACUUGUUUACUGAACUUCGAAUCACCGAUCUCUUUCUUCCACUCUUUUUCCAAAUGUGAUUGUGGACCUCGAAGACUAAUUAUAAGUAUUUGUGAUUUUCGUGGUUCUAGUGGAAUAGAGAAAGGAAAUAUUAGAAAAGCUGGCAAAAUGAUAAUAUGGCGAUGACAUGUCA